CUCAAUCGGACGAGGCGGCGUUUUAUAUAGACGGGAUCGAGCGACGCUUCAACAAACGCGGAUUAAUGGAGUGUAUCUAGGUGUAAUAACGUGUAAUCCAAUGACCCGUUGACGUUCUCGUCGUAGCGGAAUUCCCAUCGGUUAUUAUCCGAUCAAUAAACCGAUCCGAGUAUAAAGUACAGCGGGGAAUAUAUUCUUCGAAAAAUUCCGGAGCGCGACGACUCGCCGAAUCGAGGCUAUACGAUAUAUACGCGUGACGCGACGUUUGCUAAUUAACGAGUCCGUGUGCGAAUAAAUGACUGUGCGAAAUUGAUCGAGCGCGAAAUCGCGGCGUAACGCUCGGCAUGGAUCGCCCUCGCGACGAGUUAAUUCUAGUAUCGUGCGCGGCGCGAGUUAAUUUUAUCACACCGGGUGUGUGGCGUGGCUUGUAAAACGAGAUAUCGGGCCGGGCUUGAACGGAAAUCGCGCGGCGCCGAUUGGCCGGCGGUGACGACCGCGCGCGGGCCGCUAUUAAUAAACCGGCGCAUGCGCGCCGCGCCGACCGCCGUGUGUAUCCGCCAUUCAUGCGAGUCGAUUUCGUUGUUUCUCCGUGUGUGCAGCAGCGGGCACGAGCACGGGCACGGGCACGGGCCAGCCUGAGGGACGAGCCAACUGGAACGAGCGAGGCCGAGACGUGGUGUGUGACGGUCGACGUAUAUCCGCGCGAUUCGAGGAAAACACGAUGCGAGCGUGGUAGAGGAUUCCGGGAGGGAUUUACUGCGACGUUGUACCAUCGCGGCAACGAGGCAGCGAUAGUGGCAUCAUCAGCGGCAGCGGCAGCUUGUCGGAGCACGCGCCCCUCAAGUUCAGUACCUGAAGCGACCUGAAGCGAGACGAUGAUACUCGGUCACGGUCCGCCGACGUAAAACACAAGUGCCAUUUUCAAGAUCAUUAGGAAUGAUGCUGAUCAAAUAAUAGAGCAGAGAACAAGUUCAUUGUAAUACAACAGAUAUUUGAUAAGUAAUAUGGGGGCAUUUUUGGAUACUCCGAAAACAGAAAAGUGUAACGAACAUGGUACUGGCAAUGGCUUGCGAUACGGAGUCGCCAGUAUGCAGGGCUGGCGGAUGGAAAUGGAAGAUGCUCACAGAGCGAUUCCCUGUUUAGAGGGUGGUCUUUCAGAUUGGAGCUACUUCGCAGUAUUCGACGGCCAUGCGGGUGCACUGGUAUCGGCGCACAGUGCGGAGCACUUACUAGAAUGUAUAAUGCAAACGGAGGAAUUUAAGGCGGAGGAUGUUAUCCAAGGCAUUCAUUCCGGGUUUCUGAGACUCGACGACGAAAUGAGAGAUUUGCCCGAGAUGUGUGCUGGCACGGACAAGUCCGGUUCUACCGCGGUGUGUGCAUUUAUAUCACCCAAAAAUAUUUAUAUCGCCAACUGCGGCGACUCCCGAGCCGUACUCUGUAGAUCGGGAAUUCCAGUCUUUUCGACGCGGGAUCACAAGCCCGUCUUACCUGCCGAAAAGGAGAGAAUUCAGAACGCAGGUGGUAGUGUAAUGAUCCAAAGAGUUAACGGAUCUCUGGCUGUUUCCCGAGCGUUGGGUGAUUACGAGUACAAAAAUUUAAAAGAUCGAGGCCCUUGUGAGCAGUUAGUGUCGCCGGAACCCGAAAUAUUCGUGCGAGACAGGGACGAUGAACACGACGAGUUUUUAGUUUUAGCAUGUGAUGGCAUUUGGGAUGUAAUGAACAACGAAGAUUUAUGUAAUUUUAUACAUUCGAGACUGCUACUAACUGAUGAUUUAGAAGCAGUUACCAAUCUGGUUGUAGACACCUGUCUUUAUAAGGGUAGCAGAGAUAAUAUGAGUAUAGUUCUGGUGACGUUCCCGGCUGCGCCAAAACCAAAUCCCGAAGCACAGAGACAGGAGGCAGAGUUGGAAAUGGCUAUAGCAAGGAGAAUUAAAGAAAUAGUCGCUCAAGAGGAGGAUAAGAAUGAAUUUGACUAUCUAAAAAUGCUCGAACUUCUUAGGGGAAGUGACCAAGAUUUUCCUUAUCUCCCUCCAGGCGGUGGUCUUCAUGCUAAGCAACCCUUCAUCGAGAAAGUGUUUCGAGAAUUAUGUCCCAGCAAAGCGUAUAGUGGCGUGGAAGUUCAUGAGGUUUCACGUGAUGACUCUUCUUAGAUGGAUGUUACUGAAACGCAUCGAGAAAUCACAGAGCAGUUAGUGUAUACAGUUUACGAUUUCAUACACGUAAAAUUGCAAUAGACUGGCCAGUCCGAAAGUGGUGAAAAUGAGAUAUCGUCAAGAGAGUCAUAGUGGAGUGCUACAUGCAGAGACUAUGCAGAAUUGGUAAUUGAAUAAUAAAACAUAGUUUAUAUUAUUCAAAAAUCAUCUUACUAUUACAUCUAGUAAAUGUACAUUGUACAAAAUACUUUUUUUUCUCUUUAACAAAAA